AUGUCUGAAAACGAGCACCGGCUGGUGAAUCCGUCGCUCCUCCCUCCGGUCGAUGCGCCCCAAGGUCCAGCUGAGCCGGAUGUUCCAGGGCCUUCAAAUGAUGUCUCUCAAUCUGCGAAAUCACGGCGCCGGCGGCGCGCCGCUGACGCCGAACCCCAACCAAAGAACCAGUCGUUUUAUUUUGUCGACUCAACCUCGUCAUCAAAGGAAAAGCGGGCACAUGUUAUGCGACAUCAUGUGCAGGAGAAGAAGAAGCAGCGCAAACUCUCUCAUGGAAACCUACAGGUCGAUCUACCCCCCGAUUCCACCACCUGGCCGGCCAGGAAGGACUCGGGGUAUGGCACUGAUAACAGAAAGGUGACAGCAGUAACAAGCGCGCCAGGACCAACGUCCGCCGGGCAAGACUACUCGCACCACAGCGCAAUUUCGACCGCAAAACCACCUUUUCAACCAACCACGGCGCUAUCACACAUGGAGUCUCCAAUGACGAUGCUUGAUGCAUCUCGAAAAGACCCAUUUUCCAGUCUGCCCAUGGUGCAGGACCCGGAAGACUUGGAUUUGGUUGACUACUGGACAACCAAAUUAACAUAUUGGUCUGGGCAGAAUCCUUACGUCAAAAACCAAAUAUUUCGAACCGCUAUGGAGCAUCCCGUAUCAUUUCAAUCGACCGUCCUAGCAUAUUGUGCGCGGUGGAAAGCCCAGCUAUAUGGCCUCACAGACAGCAAAGAUGUCCAACGGCAUGUCACUCAGGCUCGAAAGAACAUUGAAGAUGCAUUGGUAGGUUCUGUGAAAAUGAAGGAAGAUCAAUUGGCAAUGGCCAUGGCGGGCAUGGCUCUCCAAGAACAGCGAUUCGGCUGCCUCGAAGACGCCCAACGUUAUCUUGAAGAGGCCGUGCGUAUCAUGCGGCCGCGCACCGGCUCAAACACUCCUGUGGAGGUUUUUCUUCAUUACAUGCGGUAUCUCACACCACCUCCGAGUAUUAUCCCUGAUCCUGCGAAUCAGCAGUGGUUGGUCACUUUUCUCCGAGGGGCGCAUGACUUGAUGCGGGAGCACAGCUCCCCCGACUAUCACAUCCACACCCCUCAGCGACUCGAAGCGUUCCAAAUGGAACGCCCCCUGUUCGCAUUGUUGUCCAGCGGACCGCGGCCCACCCAGGUACCGCAUGCCUCGCGCAUGUAUGUAGUCCGCGACGCGCCGACCCAAGAGGUCUGCCGGACUGCCGCCCUCAUCUACAUUACCGCCGCGCUGUGGGACUUCAAGGAUUCGCCCCCCAAGACCGGGCGAUUCUUAACCUAUAUAUGCGCGGUAAUUGAGCACCAUCAGCUCGAUCGACAUCCCGCCUGCGAGACCCUCUUGUGGUUGCUGCUUGAGCAAGGGUGCGACCCGGACCUCCGGGAUCCCGAACGCGCCUGGGCGGCUGGUGAACUCCUCAAGGCGCACAAGCAGCUGCCGCCGGACUUACAGUUCCAAUUUAACGAACUCUUGAUGAGUUUCUUGAGUCUCCGCCCGCCGAUUCGGGGCAUUGAUGUGUUUGAGAAGGAGCUACAGGAAAGUACUCGGAGCAGCAGUCUCCAGUGA